AUGAUCGGCACAUCAUUCGGUGAAUGGAUCUUCAUCCGUUUAUCCAUCGCCUUCUUUCGCUACACGCCUCUCAUUUACAUCUUUCUCAUCUUAUUCCUCCCUCUCAUCCAACCUGUAUCCGUCGUCUUUCCAUUUGUACCAUACCUCCAACGGCUCAAACGGGAUGCAGACCACCCACCAGCGCUGUCGCGCCAAGACCGAAAAGCCCUAUUUGAGAGAUGUUUCGGGAACGUGCCGUCUUUGGAGAUUUAUCUGAGAUGGUGGUUCCUUGAUGCGGAUCCGAAGGAGAUACGGAGGGAGAAUGUAAGAGAGUUCAUGUUAUGGGCUUUCUUCGAAAGGUCCGAUGGUGCAGGGUUGGUGGAUGAAGGGGAGACGGUUGAGGAGGAAGUUGAACAUUAUCUGGGCCUUGUUGAACAACGACUUGGUCGAAAGUUCGAGAGAGGAUGGGGCAACGUCAAGAGUCUUCGUCUCACGAUUGAUGGUAUCACGACAACGUAUCGAAGUCUUGUUUGGUAUAUUAUCAUCUUCUUCGUUGAUCAGGCCACUCAUUUCGCCUUUCGCUGGCACGGAUUCGACUUCUAUCGCCGACCUCGCUCUUCUGCACUUCGUGUAUUCCCCCCACGGCCCCAAGAGCUGUUCCCUGGCCCCAAGUCUCCAUCCACACGGUUGAGUUACUGGCACCGCCCUCAUACAGCUGAAGACAAGCUCCCUGUUGUCUUCUUCCACGGUAUCGGAAUCGGAUUAUGGACAUAUGUUCGUUUUCUGGCAGGUCUUCAUAAGAUCGGUGAUGGCAAAGGAAGUAUUGGCGUCAUUGCCCUUGAGAUAUUACCCAUCUCAUUCCGCCUCACCCCAGCCAUUCUCGACAAAACCGAGUUCCUAGCUCAUAUGACAUCCAUCCUGGAACACCACUGCUGGCACAAAUUUGCUCUGGUGUCACAUUCCUACGGCUCCGUCCUAACAACUCACAUGCUCCACGAACCAGGCUUUCAACAUCGUGUGUCCUCGGUUGUCCUCAUCGAUCCUGUGACCAUCAUGCUACAUCUUCCCAACGUAGCGUAUAACUUUACUCGACGAAAGCCCAAGAGGGCGAAUGAAUGGCAACUGUGGUAUUUCGCUAGCACCGACCCAGGUGUUGCGCUUUGUCUGGGGAGACAUUUCUUCUGGCGGGAGAAUAUCCUCUGGAAGGAAGAUUUGUUGGGGACUCAAAGUGGCGGCCAUCAUGCAAGGCACGUUGCUGUUACGCUGUCUGGUCGCGACCUCAUAGUCGACACUACAGCAGUUGCAGAAUAUCUGGGAGUUGAUCUUGGUGCUGGUCGUAAUGGCGUGGUAGCGGAAUCGCACAAUGGCGUUGAAGUAGUUAUGUUUCCGAAACUGGACCACGCGCAGGUAUUUGAUGACCGUGCGAGUAGAGAGUCGGUGAUUCAGAUGGUUAGAUCGAGAUGCGAAAGUUAG